AUGCAGCUGACCCUCGGCUUCCUCUCCCUCAUCGCGCUCGUCAGCGCUGCCCCGGCCGACCUGGCGGCCCGCGCGGCGACGACCUGCGGCAGCACCUCGUACUCGGCCGGCGCCGUCGAUGCCGCCUCGUCCGCGGCGUGCACCUACGUUCAAAACGGCGGCACGGCCGGCAGCUCGACGUACCCGCACCGGUACAACAACUAUGAGGGCUUCGAGUUCAAGGGACUGAGCGGCCCCUUUUACGAGUUCCCCAUCUUGAAGUCGGGCAAGGUCUACGGCGGUGGCUCUCCCGGCCCCGACCGCGUCGUCAUCACCCAGAGCUGCCAGCAGGCCGGCCAGAUUACGCACACCGGUGCCAGCGGCAACAACUUUGUCGGGUGCUCGGGCACGAACUAG